AUGGGUUCCUUCGAAACGAGAGUGUUUAACUGGCGUGCCCCAACUAUCCUCUUGGUGGCCGGAAACAGAAUUGAAGAUAUUCCCGCCGGUGGCCAGGAAAGAAAUUUUGCAGACACAUUACCACCCAAAAGAUUUCCCAACGGUGGCAAAUCAUCAAGAGUUGUUUUUGGAGUUUAUCUUUCCCAGCCUUGGAAGCAAACUCACAAAGAGUGUUUUGGAGACACCGAUACACUUCUUUUCCAGCUCGAACCUGUUCAUGAAGUCUUCCACGCCUCAGUAAUUAAUAGGGACUAUGUGGCAUUUUCCAAGCCUCCAUCCGCCCAUCCAUGUUUAUCGUUUGGAUGUCCGCAUCCCAAAACGAAACAAACGGCUGGACUCUCAACUCAUGUGAAUCUCGGCGCUGUAUCACUGUAUCUGGAUUCAUCUUUUGAGUUUGGUGUCUUUACACACAACUAUACAUCUGGUGGAGGAGCAUUUCAUAACAGUGAAACUCGACGCAGUGACUUCCAAGAUCGUUUCGAAAUCGAAAGUUUAGAAGUUUGGGGAUGUGGAGGUGAUGCUGAAGCUCAAAAGCAAAAGGAGAUGUGGGCUUGGGAAGAAAGAGAAGCGGAGGCUAGGAGGAAAAUCAAUCUUGGGUCGGGUGAUAUUGAAGCUGAUAGAGCGUUACUGGAAAUGGCGGGACUGAUUGGGGGGAACAGGAGUGGAGGUUCUAUGAAUUGA